UAUCCAUCCAUCCACGCGUUCAUUAGUUGGUCAGUCUUUUACCGAACGAGUGGACGGAGCUGGUUCCAGUGUGUGUUUGCUUUCGAUGCGGCUAACCUGAUCUCUAGCAUGAUGAGGAUGGUAGGGCUCAGAUCAUGUACUUGCAUGUCAAGACGCAACUGAGAGGCAGACAGCACUGCUCUGUCUGACCAAAAUAUCAUCAAAUCGUAUCUAUCAACAAAGCCAAUCUUUUUAAAUAAAAUAAAAACACCAAUCAUCCAUGCAUUUGUAUGCUCGAGUCUCCAACCCCAAGAGCACUUCACCCAGGUCGCGGCGGCGUGGCGCUUCAUACGGCGUCACUCGCCUACUAGGUACGGUCGGCAUCGGAUACCUCGUCUAUGAGACCUCAAGUACUUACAGCCCCAAGGUACCUGCGCCGGAACUGCAGAGUACGGUAAAGUGCGUACCCUGGCCUGUCGCGGAGGUAUGGCCCUGCUCACCUCAAAGGGUCUGAGCAACCUCAACCUCAUUCUCAUUCUCAACCUCGAAUUUAGCCCGACACGCAUUGCUAUCCCCAAUUGUGAUCGGGCAUAUCACGUCACUACCCGGUCGAGGACGAUCGUCCUGGCAAAUCAAUUGACAUCUCACUCGCCCAGAUGGGGUUUUUACAAUGGAUCCAAAUGUUGGAUAAACAUCUCCAGCUAUUACACUGGAGUAGACAGGCCCAUACUCUGUCUGUCCAUCAAGCCAUCCAUCCAUAUCAACCAACAUAAGGUCCUGAGCACGGAAUCUCUCCGUCCCCAAAUGCGACCGUACCUUCCGAUCAACUAUUUGCAUAUCCUGUUCCAUUCUUCAUUGCAACUGGUUUUAUCGCUUGCGUUGGCGUGUCGCUUGCAUGUAUGCAGAGCGUUCAGCACCCUUCAGAGUCUGCCCCCCUUCAUUUCCUUUAUCAUCAACUCGACUCUCGCCCUGCACUUUUCUCGCAUUCUUGAUCCUUCUGGCGCCCUCAAACUUCACUGGGCGCUUUUCAACUGUCGCCAUGGGCCGCGCGACUGGCUGAGUGACGACGGGGCCGCCCUCGACCGCCCAGAGUCUAGAGUCGAGAAGUGACAAGGGCCGCUAAAGGGCUCCUCUACGCUUAGUUCGGUGUGUGUUUAGCCAGACACCCUCGGGUGCGGAUCAAGGACCGCACCGCGUGUUGCUCUGCCGCGGUCUUUCUUCAGGUUGGGCGGCUUUGAAAAGCGAACUUUGCAAUGUGGUACCUCUAGAAUAGCAUAAAUACGAACGAUGCCGAUUUGUUUAAGCGCAUUAGACGAGAU